CACAAGGACGGAGGCAGAGACACUGAGACAGAAACGAGAGCGGCGCGGAGACGCGGCGUUAAGACUUCAAGCCCCGGGGACAGAGCCGCGGCCAGCCCAAGAUCAGCCACUUCUGGAACUUACUCCAAGACUUCUGCAAGGUGGGGUGAAUGUCUGGCUCUCUCCCAGGAUCAGUCUCUCCAACUCUAAAUCCUCCCUGUCUCAACUGGAGUGUGAUCAGAGUCCAGGGAUAGAAAGAAAGGCAAGGACUUUGGGACCACACCAUUGCUUCUACUUGACGAUUGACUUGUUGGGUGAUCUUGGACAUCUCACUUAAGCCUCAUCUGUGAAAUGGAAGUUCUAAUACCUACCUCAUAGGGAUGAACUACAGAACAUGAACCUACUGAAGGCGGGAGCAAUGUCCACUUCAUCUCUGGGCCUGGCAUACAGAAAAGUCUCAGUGUCUACUGAAUGAUUUGCUUGCUUGUGCUGGAUUCAUACUACUGAAGAUCUACCAUCUUACAAUAUCGUAAUUGGAAAGAAGUAGGUUUUCAUUUUCAAAUAAUGGAAGAGCCUAAGACCUCUAAAAGUGAAAAUCAUGAACCAAAGAAGAAUGUUAUUUGUGAAGAAAACAAAACGGUUAAAGUUAUAGCUAAUCAAACUUUGAAAGCUAAAAAUGAUAAAUCCAUAAAAGAAAUUGGAACCAGUUCUCCAAAUAGAAAUGGUACUAAAAAAAAUAAGCAAAAUGAUAUUUGUGUGGAAAAAACAGAAGUUAAAUCAUGUAAAGCAAAUACUGUGAAUAUUCCAGGCCCUAAAGAUUUGGGGUUAGUUCUUCGAGAUCAAAGUCACUGCAGAGCAAAAAAAUUACCCAAUUCACCAGUGAAAGUUGAAAAGGCACCUAUUUCACAGGCAAAAAUAGGAAAGGCACCCACUUUGCAGACAAAAGCAGAAAAAUCAUCAAAGUCACCUAAUUCACCGGUGAAAGCAGAUAAAGUACCCAGUUCACAGGCAGCAGUAGCAGAAAAAGCACUUAAUUCACAGAGAAAAGUGGAAAAAGCACUCAGUUCUCAGAUGAAGUCAGGAAAGGUAUUUAGUUCAGCAGCAGAAACAGAAAAGGUGCCCUGUUUACUGUUGAAAGAAAACAUGAGACAGACAGAAUUACACCAGGUUGGAAAAAAAUUUCCAAGCUCCUUUACUUCUAUGGACAAAAUGAAUAUUGAAGCUGUAGAGGGAGAAAAAUCUGCUCUGGAAAGUUUACCACAAUCUCAGAAGCAACAGACGUGUACAGAUAAUACUGGUGAUUCUGAUGAUAGUGCUUCAGGAAUUGAAGACAUAUCCGAUGAUUUGAGUAAAAUGAAGAAUGAUGGACCUAAUAAAGAAAAUUCUUCAGAGAUGGACUAUUUAGAAAAUGCCACUGUUAUAGAUGAAUCAACAUUGACACCUGAGCAGAGGCUAGGCUUGAAACAAGCAGAAGAACGCCUAGAAAGAGAUCACAUCUUUCGACUUGAAAAACGAUCUCCAGAAUAUACCAAUUGCCGGUAUCUAUGCAAACUUUGCCUAAUUCACAUCGAAAACAUCCAGGGAGCUCAUAAACAUAUAAAAGAGAAACGGCAUAAGAAAAAUAUUUUGGAAAAGCAGGAAGAAAGUGAGCUUCGUUCUCUGCCACCUCCUUCUCCUGCCCACUUGGCUGCUUUAAGUGUUGCAGUUAUUGAAUUAGCAAAAGAACAAGGAAUAACAGAUGAUGACCACAAAGUCCGUCAGGAAAUUGUGGAGGAAAUGUCAAAGGUUAUAACAACAUUUUUACCAGAGUGUUCACUUAGGUUGUAUGGCUCAUCUCUGACCAAAUUUGCUCUGAAAAGUAGUGAUGUUAAUAUAGAUAUAAAAUUUCCUCCCAAGAUGAAUCAUCCAGAUCUUCUGAUACAAGUGCUUGGGAUUUUAAAAAAAAGUGUAUUAUAUGUAGAUGUGGAAUCUGAUUUUCAUGCUAAAGUUCCUGUUGUAAUGUGCAAAGAUCGAAAAAGUGGUUUACUUUGUAGAGUGAGUGCAGGAAAUGAUAUGGCAUGCCUCACUACUGAUUUACUUGCUGCUCUUGGCAGAAUGGAACCUGUCUUUACUCCCUUGGUGUUAGCCUUUCGCUACUGGGCUAAGUUGUGCUAUAUUGACUCCCAAACUGAUGGUGGAAUCCCUUCUUACUGUUUCGCUUUAAUGGUGAUGUUUUUUCUACAACAAAGAAAACCCCCUAUUCUUCCUUGCUUACUUGGAAGUUGGAUUGAAGGCUUUGACCCAAAAAGAAUGGAUGACUUUCAGCUGAAGGGCAUAGUAGAAGAGAAGUUUGUGAAGUGGGAAUAUAAUGCAAGUAGUGCAACUGAGAAAAACUCAAUUGCUGAGGAAAACAAAGCUAAGGCAGACCAACCAAAAGAUGAUACCAAGAAGACAGAAACAGACAACCAAAGUAAUGCCAUGAAGGAAAAACAUGGCAAAUCUCCUUUAACAUUGGAAACACCAAAUCAGGUAUCCCUGGGACAGUUAUGGUUAGAGCUGUUAAAAUUUUACACACUGGAUUUUGCUUUGGAGGAAUAUGUCAUAUGUGUACGGAUACAAGAUAUUUUAACAAGAGAGAACAAAAACUGGCCUAAAAGGCGAAUAGCUAUUGAAGAUCCAUUUUCGGUCAAAAGGAAUGUGGCACGGAGCUUAAACAGCCAGCUUGUUUAUGAAUAUGUUGUGGAGAGGUUCAGGGCAGCUUAUCGGUAUUUUGCCUGUCCUCAGAGGAAGGGUGGAAAUAAGUCUACAGUGGAUUUGAAGAAAAAAGAGAAGGGGAAAACAAGCAGUAAGAAACCAGUGAAGUCUGACAAUAUGGCAACUAAUUGUUGCAUUCUGCUUGGAGAAAGCACAGAAAAAACAAACACAGAAAAAUGUCAACCUGAUAAAUAUGAUGAAAUAGAAGGUACAUCACAGAGAUGUAUUAUUAACAAUGACAAUUUAUUGGUAAAUGACCUAGAUUUGGCUGACCAUGGACAAGAAUAUUCAUUUCUUUCUACUGGUGAAGGCAGUAAAUUGGAGCCAAAAUCAGUUAAGAAACAAGAUGAUUUAGCACCUGCAGAAAUUUGUUUUAAAAAGGAGUUCAGCCAAUGUAAUUGCACUGAGUGUAAAUCUCCUGAUUCAGGUGAAUCUGCUGGAACAGACUGCAGGUCAAACUGCAGGGCAAAUUUAGAAACAGAACGUUCACAUCAAAUUGCGUGCACCAACACAUCUGCUACCUCUUGUAAUUGCAAAGCUACAGAAGAUGCUUCUGACCUUAAUGAUGAUGAUAACUUCACCACCCAGGACUUAUAUUAUGUGUUUGAUAAGUUUAUUUUAACUUCUGGCAAGCCACCAACUAUAGUAUGCAGCAUCUGCAAAAAGGAUGGCCAUUCAAAAAAUGAUUGUCCAGAGGAUUUCAGGAAAAUUGAUCUAAAACCUCUACCACCGAUGACAAACAGAUUUCGGGAAAUACUUGAUUUAGUAUGUAAAAGAUGUUUUGAUGAGCUAUCACCACCUUAUUCUGAACAACACAACAGAGAGCAAAUUUUAAUUGGCUUGGAAAAGUUUAUUCAAAAAGAAUAUGAUGAAAAGGCAAGAUUAUGCUUAUUUGGUUCUUCUAAAAAUGGAUUUGGAUUUCGUGAUAGUGACCUGGAUAUUUGUAUGACCCUGGAAGGCCAUGAAAAUGCAGAGAAAUUAAAUUGUAAGGAAAUAAUUGAAAAUUUGGCAAAAAUUCUGAAGAGACAUCCAGGUUUAAGAAAUAUUUUGCCUAUAACUACUGCCAAAGUGCCUAUAGUAAAAUUUGAACACAGACGAAGCGGGUUAGAAGGUGACAUCAGUUUAUAUAAUACAUUGGCUCAACAUAACACAAGAAUGCUAGCUACUUACGCAGCUAUUGAUCCUAGAGUACAGUACUUGGGAUAUACGAUGAAAGUGUUUGCUAAGCGGUGUGACAUUGGAGAUGCUUCCAGGGGAAGUUUAUCUUCAUAUGCAUAUAUCCUUAUGGUGCUGUACUUUUUACAGCAGAGAAAGCCACCUGUUAUUCCAGUUCUACAAGAGAUCUUUGAUGGAAAACAGAUUCCACAGAGAAUGGUUGAUGGAUGGAAUGCCUUUUUCUUUGAUAAAACUGAAGAACUGAAAAAACGUUUACCUUCACUUGGAAAGAACACAGAAUCAUUAGGAGAGCUUUGGUUGGGGCUUCUUCGCUUCUAUACUGAAGAGUUUGAUUUCAAGGAAUAUGUAAUUAGCAUUCGGCAGAAAAAGCUGUUGACAACUUUUGAGAAGCAGUGGACAUCCAAAUGCAUUGCUAUUGAAGACCCUUUUGACUUGAAUCAUAACCUUGGUGCUGGAGUUUCUAGAAAAAUGACAAAUUUCAUCAUGAAGGCAUUUAUAAAUGGAAGGAAGCUUUUUGGUACCCCUUUUUAUCCACUCAUUGGCAGAGAAGCUGAGUACUUCUUUGAUUCCAGGGUAUUAACAGAUGGAGAACUGGCUCCCAAUGAUCGAUGUUGCCGUGUGUGUGGAAAAAUAGGCCACUAUAUGAAAGACUGCCCUAAAAGGAAAAGCAGUUUACUGUUUAGACUAAAGAAGAAAGACAGCGAAGAAGAGAAGGAAGGGAAUGAAGAAGAGAAAGACUCUCGAGAUCUUCUUGACCCCCGAGAUGUCCACGACUCUCGAGACUUCAGAGACCCCAGAGAUCUCAGAUGUUUUAUAUGUGGAGAUGCAGGACAUGUACGAAGGGAGUGCCCAGAAGUCAAGCUGGCUCGUCAGAGAAAUAGUAGUGUGGCAGCAGCCCAGCUGGUCCGCAACCUUGUAAAUGCCCAGCAAGUGGCUGGUUCACCCCAGCAACAGAGUGAUCAAUCCGUAAGAACUAGAAAGUCUUCAGAAUGUUCUGAUUCACCAUCUUAUUCUCCUCAACCCCAACCAUUUCCACAAAACUCUUCCCAAUCAGCUGCUAUUUCCCAGCCUCCAUCCCAGCCAGGAUCCCAGUCUAAACUUGGCCCACCGCAGCAGGGAGCCCAGACCCCCCAUCAGGUCCAGAUGCCUAUGUAUAAUUUUCCCCAGUCACCACCAGCUCAGUAUUCUCCCAUGCACAAUAUGGGAUUGUUGCCAAUGCACCCCCUCCAGAUCCCUGCCCCAUCCUGGCCCAUCCACGGCCCAGUGAUCCACUCUGCACGAGGCAGCGCCCCUAGCAAUAUUGGUCUGAAUGAUCCUAGCAUCAUUUUUGCACAGCCUGCUGCUAGACCUGUGGCAAUCCCUAGCUCCUCUCAUGAUGGACACUGGCCUCGUACUGUGGCUCCAAAUUCUCUGGUGAACAACAGUGCAGUGGGGAAUUCAGAGCCAGGCUUUCGAGGACUGAAUCCUCCAAUUCCUUGGGAGCAUGCACCACGUCCCCAUUUCCCCCUUGUCCCAGCUUCGUGGCCUUAUGGUUUGCAUCAAAACUUCAUGCAUCAGGGAAAUGCCAGAUUUCAGCCCAACAAACCUUUCUAUACUCAAGCUGGUCUACCGAUGCACAGCAACCAGCCAAUCCUGCUGUCUCAAGGGUAUCCGUACCUCAAUGUCAGUUACAUUCAGCAGAAAAAGUGACAUUUAAUGGAAAGCAAAACAAAUCAGGUCCUGAUUUAAAAUUUUAACACAUUUAGAUAGCUUAUUUAAAUCCUCAGACUGUUUUUAAAGACUGUAUUAUUUGUAUAUAAAUAUGAACUAUAGUUUUUACUAGUAUCACCAAAUUGAGUGAUACAAAUUUCAUCUAUUUUAUUACCCUAUUUUUAAGGGAAUUUUAUGUUUUGUUUAACCUUGAUGAAUUGUAUAAAGAGAGAAUUUAAAAAUUACAUUCUUUAUUUUCUAUUAGCUGUAUUCAUACUUUGGUUGCUUCAAACUUUAUAUAUAUUGUUCUUAAGAACUAGGGAAGAAAUUCAUGUGUUUUAAAUUUGUCACUUUUAUUCUUUACAGAACCUUGUAGUGCCAAAAACUUUUUAAAAGGUAAAAAAAAAAAAUAAAAUAAAACUACAACAUGAAGUUCAGAAUUUUUUCUUUUACAUACUUGUAUAUUGAUCAUUCAAACUUGAGUGCAAAGUUGCUUUUGUCUGUGUAUUUGAAGUAGGCCCAUUUUAAGUUAAUAAAUCUAUUUGACAAGA